AGAGAGACACCACACAUCGACACAAUGGCUCUACGACAAACCGCCACUCGCUCGCUGCGUCUUGCCUCGCGCAACGUCGCCCCCUCGACCCGCGCCUUCACCGUCUCGGCCCUGCGCCAGAAGGAGCUCGCCGCCGAUGUUUCCGACCUGCCCAACAUGAGAGUACGACCGUCCAGCUACGCAAUUGCCACAGGCCCAUGUUCGAGUAUUGAUUUUUGUAUCAGCNACGCCCAAAGAAACGCUCAGGGCCGUCUCCAUGUUCCCAUUGUCAACCCUGCCGACAAGUUUCAAGAAAAGGCCGACAGUCUGCACCAGUACGGCCAGUACUUGAUGGCUUGCAUGCCCAAGUACAUCCAGCAGUGCGUGCUUCCUCUCCCUGCAAUCGCCAAACUAGCAUUGACACGUUCCGUCCAGGNNUUCUCGGUCUGGAAAGAUGAGCUCGUCAUCUACAUUGCCCCCGCCGCCGUCCUCCCCGUCUUCAACUUCCUCAAGUACCACACCGCCGCCGAGUUCACUCAGAUCAGCGACAUCACCGCUGUCGACUACCCUACCCGCGACCAGCGUUUCGAGGUCGUCUACAACAUGCUUUCCGUCCGCCACAACGCCCGUAUCCGCGUCAAGACCUACGCCGACGAGGCUACCNCCGUUCCCUCGCUUUGCGGUCUCUACGACGGCGCCAACUGGUACGAGCGUGAAGUCUACGACCUGUUCGGUGUCUUCUUCGUUGGACACCCCGAUCUCCGCCGUAUCAUGACCGACUACGGUUUCGACGGCCACCCGCUCCGCAAGGACUUCCCUCUUACUGGUUACACUGAGAUCCGUUACGACGAGGAGCAGAAGCGUAUUGUUGUCGAACCUCUCGAGUUGACUCAGGCCUUCCGCAACUUUGAAGGUGGUAGCUCCGCUUGGGAGCAGGUCGGUCCUGGUAACGACAGAAAGCCCGAGAGCUUCAAGCUUCCCAAACCAAAGCCUGAGCCCAAGCCCGAGGAGAAGAAGUAA